AUGCCGCCUGUGAACGUAUCCGCCUCUCCAAAAUUUGCAGGCUGCGAGCCGUUUAUUGUUGAUAGCGAUAUGGGAAGUCUGGACGAGGAGGGCGAUCUCCGCUGCUUUGACCCUUCUGUGCUGGAGGUUUCAGGACCCAAUACUGUCCAUGACUUCGAGGAUCUCUUUAUUCGCCCAUCUAGUUCCGCACAGAUGUCCGACGCAAUGUCGUGCAUGUCGGAUUUGACUUCAAAGGCAACUACCCAUCGUCAUCCGCCUGCCGCCGAAUCUAGAUUAUCGCCGUCAGACUCUCGGUCAGAAUCCCCUGGAGAAUCGAGUAACGGAUCCUCAGCGAAUUCACCGCUUGGCCAUACUCGAAACCUCUCCUUGUUUUCCAACCCCUCGGAAGCCUUCAGCCCCGGAAGCGUCGGAACUGAUCAGUUUCUACCGACGUGGCCAAACUCUCACGAUUACUCGCUUGCCGAAGAAAGGUUUGUCGCACAAGAUGGGAGGUCACUGUCGGUCAAAGAAGAAUACGCUACUGAAACAGAUAUUGAAAUGAGUAACAAAGCGAUGGAUUCUGCAUUUGAUUUUGAAAGUGCUGCGAGCAGCCCUAGCCCUUUGGCAUCGCGAGCCGCUUCGGAGAAGCGGAAUACUGACUUGUCCAAAGAGGCUCUCAAUACUUCAAACCUGGCUAAGGUGGAAAGUAGCCAGAAUCCGUCUGUGAGUACUGCCCUAUCUCGCGAGUUUCGUACCGAUUUUGCUAACAAUCUGCAGUACCCAGUGCAAAACGUGUCUCCACUAAUCUUCCAGCGUACCGCUGAUUUAUAUUCUACCUUCCCCAAGUCGACAAAUGGGCUUAAAUUUUGGAAUAACACCUCUUCUCCUGAUCUCGAUGGAGGACUGGGCGGCAUCGCCAUGAACGGCACAUCACCGUUACAUGCCACUCUCGCGCCCAGCCUAAAUUUCAAGUCAUAUCCGUCGCCCUUCGAAUCCACGCCGUAUCACCCCGCCGUAGUCUUCCCCAUGAGUGACGCAAAUGCCAUGUUUCAUCCGUCGUUUGGUUUCGAGAAUUAUAUUCCACCACGCCUGAUAGUUCAUCCUACUGCCCUAAAGUCCCGUGUUGAGACCCAAAUACCGAUCAAACUGACCUUGUAUCCCAUGCCUUCUGGGGUGAAGAAACUGCGUCUUCCAACUUACACAAUAUCGAAGCCAAAGUUCUUUGCGAAGCCUGACACACCACGCUCACCCGAUGUCUUCGAGUUGAGCGUCAGUCUUGUCUGCACAAGUGCAAUGCAGGACAAGAAAAAACGGGAAAGAGCUUUUGCCAGAGCACGCGGUGAACAAUUGCCCUCUCAAUCAUCCAUGAGAGAAGAUGGCUUAGAAGACUCCCAAGAAGAAGAUAACACCCCCCUCAAGGGGGGUGAGGUAAAGAUUUGUGCUGGCUGUAUUCAGAGAGAACGCAAAAGAGCCUCACGAAAGAAGCAGAAAAAGCCAGAGGAGGAUGAGCUAUUUCAGAAAGAGGAAGACAAGCGAGUGAUCGUAUUUAAUACAACCGAGAUGAAAGAUUGGGUGGACCCUCCUAGAAUAACUUCAUCGAGUGGCGCUGAGGCAUCUACCCCUCCGGCCCCUCUUGGAUCUAUGCAAGUGGAAUUGCCCAUGCGAAUUGCUUGCUAUUGCCGACAUCAAGGGGAAAAGAUGGGAUUUCAGGUGAUUUUUACCAUCAAAGACUAUCUAGGCAACCUUAUCGCUCAAGAAAUGACGAACUCCAUAAUGAUCACCGAUGACCAUAAGACCCAUACACCUUCGAACCAAACUUCCGCGAGUUCUACUCCACCGGAGAACCCACAAUUCAUCCACCAGGCGCCCUUCAAAUUAUCUCACUCUGCCACAGAUCUACAGGCCCUGCGCAAGCAACAGCAUCCCUUAACUCCUGGUAAUUUUAGCCAGUCACAAAGCCCGUCUGGAACGGGUGGUGUCGCCGCUCCGCGUGGCGUUUCGCGGCAGGCUCCCUCAAGGGACUUGCCUGGCCCUUUGGCAAAGCGAAGAAAACAAAAUAGCCCUGGCAAAAUCCCCAGCGGUCUUGCUAUGACCAAAGUCGAGUCCGCUUCAAAUUCAGCAACCCAAAAACCCAAGCAGGCCGCUACCGGGCCGUCUUCACAAGCCACUCCACCUCAAAUGGAACAACCUUUUGUUAUGCCUUCUUCUAUGGUAACUCAGUUUGGAAAUGGCCCUCCAACACCGAUCACCACCGAUUCAAACUUUUUCAGCCCUAGAGAUAGACCUCAAACGCUUGAAAAUCUUCCUCAACAGUCGCUUCUGUCUGCACCUAGUUCAGCUCACCCAAGUCGUCCCGGUACUCCUGGAAGCUCUUCUCGAAACGCAGCAACAGAACAAGUAGUUAAUGGUGCCUCUAAUCUUACUCAAACGCCCAUUUGGAAUAUUCCGCCAAACUUGCCUCAGCAAAUGCCCCCCAUGAUCCAUAAGCUUGUUCCCGCAGAAGGUUCAACUACAGGAGGUAGCGAAGUGACGUUGUUGGGCAGUGGUUUCUAUCCUGGAAUGGAGGUUGUCUUUGGAGACACUUUAGCUACAACUACUACAUUCUGGGGAGACAAGUGUUUGAAUUGCCUCACGCCACCAGCUUUACAACCUGGGACCGUGCCGGUUGUGUUCAAGCAUGAGCAUCCACGUUUUGGCCAGGUUCAACAAACGCCGCCAAUUAUACCAAAGCAGCAGACCUUCUUCCGCUAUGUUGACGAUCGAGAACUACAAAUGUACCGCGUCGCUUUGGGUAUUUUGGGUCAAAAACUUAGAAACCCCGCAGAUGCCUAUAGAACCGCCCAGCAGAUUAUGGGAGGAGACCCGAAUACUUUGUGGAAUAUUCAGAAUGGUUUCCAGAGUGGACAACAAAGAGGUGGCAGCAACAACUGUAACAUGACAGAACUAGAUGCAAAAAUGCUUGUAUACCUUGAGUUCAUGGAUCUUGACGAUACACCGGGUGCACCAAAGUUCAAUAUGCGAUCACCAGCUGGACAAACCCUUUUGCACUUUGCUGCUUCGUUGGGAUUGACGCGAUUUGCCGCGGGGCUCCUUGCAAGAGGCGCCAAUCCAGACGUUCAAGAUAACAACGGAAAUACGCCUUUACAUCUGGCAGCAAUCAGCGGACAUACUCACAUUGUUCAUCGUUUGCGGCUUUCCGGUGCCAAUGUUGCUGCACGGAACCUGCGCGAUUUUACAUCAGCGGACCUUGCAUCCUCAUUGGAGGUACAUCAGGCUGUUCUUAUCCCUUCACGACACUACCGGUCAAGAAGUGUGGGCUCGACUCCAUCAUUGCGCCGCCGGCUCAGCUCUGGCUCUCUUAAUGACUUUUGGGAAUCUGCUUCUUCUGACGAAGCGGGUGAAAUCUCUACAGAUCUCUCGGAAUCAUCCGAUGACGCCGUUGAGAGUAACAAUGAUAAUGCAGAUUCGCCGUUUUACCAAUCUGUUUCCAGACGGCAAAGCGCGGUUCUUCAGAAUCAACCUGGAUAUUUUAUGGCUGGCCCUAGUGAGAGUGUCCUUCAAACUUCAGAAGCUGUGGCUGCUGGUGAAACCGAAGGGAAUGUAGCUGGAAGGGGCUUUUCACCGCCGGCCGCACUGGUUGCCUGGCGUGAUCAGCUUGCCACUCAAAUCAACCAGUUUCAGCAAAGCGUGAACCGAGCUUUCCCGAAUUUGCCAGCGUUGCCUCCCAUGCCUACAUUGCCUGGUUUACCAGAUUAUCAAGCCUAUCCUAUGAUACAGCGCAUUAGUUCUCUUGUUCCCCACCGACCAGCCACAUCAUGGUCUACAAAUUUAAUGAAAGAUGGCUGGGAUCGGUUGACAGGCAAUUCGUCUCCACCCGCGUAUGAUGAAUUAUACCCGGUCAAGGAAGCCAGUGAAGAUCAGGAGGUUAAGAAAUCGUCCAUAGUUGAAGCUGCACUUGAUGCCGCUGUUGAUCAGCAUUUCGAAGCGCAGCUUAAAGCUUCCUCAUCAUCAUCAUCUUCUUCUUCCACAGCCACAGAGGUUAAAGAAGACAUUGGUGAUGUACGUAUUGGACGCAAAGCCAUAUCACGACAGCAGCAGGAGCAACUGCGAAAGGCUCACGCCUUGAAAAUGAAACGCAUUCGCAGUGACAGGAAUCUAUUUUUCAUUUGGAUCCCCCUUUUGAUCAUUGUUAUUUUUGCCAUGCUGCAGAACAUUUUCCCGAGUUUCUGGCAAGGUGCUUCGCAGGGAUACCAUUUCUUGAAGACCCGCUACGCUACGGGCCGGGUGGAAGCUAUCCCUACGUAA